AUGGCCAAAAAGAUACAAAUCUCAAUAAUACUAAUACAUGAUGCAAAGCUAGCAACGAAUCUUCCAAGUCCAUAUAAUUUCUCCACUUUGUCAAAAUUUUCAUCAUUCGCUGCAUUCUCCUUCGUUAAUCAGGGUUUUUCAUCGACUUCAUCUCGUUUCGCUCUUCAAGAAUCGAUCAACAACCAUGACUCAUAUCCUUUUAAUUUUCGUCUAAUUCUUCCCCAAUUUAGAGAAAAAGAUCGUGAAAGGGCUCAAUCUAGAGUUGGUGGUUCUAAGGGAAAACCAGGAAAGGGUGAUGGGUUGACCCCUGAGCAGCGUAGAGAAAGGGAUGCAAAGGCUCUGCAGGAGAAGAUGGCUAAGAAAGCAGCUCAGGAUGCUGGAGGGAAUAAUGCUGGUGGAAGCAAAAAAUAG